AAAAUGCCCGCAAAAAAGGUGGGCAAACAUCGUUCUCUCUCGUACACUAGAAAUCCAAAUUCCAAAUCAAAGAAAGCUACAGCUGCAACUAUCAGAUCUCCUCACUCCCUCCCUCCCUCUCUCCCACUUCAUCAAUCAAACUCACUCUCAUUCAUCACUAACUAAUAGUAAUUCCAUUUCGAUUUUAUUACUGCCACACUAAUUAAUUCGAUACUCUAGAAUGGCCUGCAGAAAGGGGGAGUUAAGGGAGGAUGGAAAAAUCAGAAAUGACGCGGCGGCGGCACUCGGGGAUGCCUUGCUGUUUACCACGAUGUGCAUCAUUGGAAUGGCCGUUGACGUCCACGCCAAAGAUGGUUCUGUCUAUUCUGGAAUCUUCCACACCGCCUCCGUCGACAAGGACUAUGCAAUUGUGUUGAAGAAAGCAAGGAUGAUCAAGAAGGGUAGCCUAGACGCCAAUGUAGUUAAUGGAACACUGAUAGAGACGCUUAUAGUUCAGUCGGAAGAUCUUGUCCAAGUUGUUGCAAAGGCAGUUAUACUUCCUUCUGAUGGAAUGACAGGAUAUGUAGGGGGGGAUGACAUGGAGGCUGCUAAAGGCUAUAAUACUGAAUGCUCGGAAAGGGAUGCAGAAGUGGUAAAAACAAAUGAGUCAAAAGGGAACCAUGAGUACUCUAUUCAAUCAAGGUUGUCAGUUGAAAGAGAGAAUGAUUCUUCCUAUAAUUCUACUAUGAGGACAGCAAACCCCUUGGGCAGUCACCUAGAAGACUACAGAGAGGGAUCAAAUGCAAGGAAUGCUGAAAAGAUUCAGACAGAAGAAGCUGACAAUGUUUUUGAUGAUGGAAGGCAUGUUGGGAAUGGUUUGCAAGAAACACAGAGAGAUUUCCGGAAUCCCCUUAAGUUUCAAGACAAGAGAACUAGUGGUGAAUCUCAAGACUCAAGUCUAAGCAUCACCAGUUAUGAAGCUCAAUCAACUUCUGCUGUACAUGUUCAAGAGGAUUUUGUGCGCCUAGAACUGCAAGAAGUAUCUUCUGGUCGUUCUAGCACACUUGAGGAUCAGAAUCAAGAGAAGGCUACCACGAAUGUGACUGCAUCAACAGUACCUUUCCUACCAAAUAAUUAUGUUACUUCAACUCACAUUAUCAAUGUGAAAUCAGAGUCAUGCCUCAGUGCAUCAUCGAAUCCCUUCAUGUUGGUCCCUCCAAAAGGUUCAAGUGUCAAGAGAACUGCUAAGGAAUCUAAGCUCAAUCCUGGAGCUAAAAUGUUCUGUCCAUCGGUGGUGCAACAUAGAACAGUGACUCCUCCUGCAGUUCCUAAUGGAGCAACUGAUUUUUACAUGACAAGAAGCUACACAAUGGCACCAAUGGCAAGUGCACGAGAAGAAGUUGAUGGACAUUCUUUUGCUCAUUCCUCUGUGCCUGUCAAGUUUGUACCAUAUAAUAAUGUUACCUAUGGGCAUGGUGGCAAUGAUGCACCAUAUGUGCAACCUGUUAUUGGACAAGUGGUGAACAGGACACAACCUGUUAGAUUUACUGGCCAGUAUCAGAGUUUACAAGCAAGCUAUGCUUAUGUCCAUCCAAACUCACAAAAUGUUAUGCUUGGAAGAGGGCCUCUUGCUUGUAUGCAUCCUGUUUCUAGUGAUAUUGUACAGAGUGCAUCUGUGUUCUCUCCAGCAGCUAUGCGGCCUGUAUCAACCCUGCCUCAAUUGCAUCCUCCUAAGCAUCAAGGAAAUCCUUCAGCUCAGGCAAUGCAGCUAUGCAUGAGUCCCCCAAUCAUGGCGAAUGUACCUCAGCCUUUUAUUGUCCCAAGUUCAAUUCCAAUUUCACAGCCUCACUUUCCCGUAUUGCGGCCAAUUGCAGUUCCAGGGGCCAAUGGUUUCUUGAGCACCAAGUUUGCUUGAAUUACACACAUGCAAUCAUUCUUCUCAUGAAAUUUUGACAUAUAGUUUGUUCCUUUUCAAGUUCAUACAAAUUCACCUUUUUUUUUGUUUUUUUUUUUUUUAUCAGUAUAUAAAUACAUUAUUUUGAGAAAUUAGAGGCAUUUGAAUAUUGUAAUAUGAAAAUUUUGUCAAAUAAUUGUUGGUGAUUCUGUUUUGGAGGUGGUGAUUGUUCCUACUGUAAUGUGCUUCGGAACUUUAGCCGUGAUUCCCUCCAUUGCAUAUUGACCCUCUAUUGUAUGUCCAACUAUAAUUUGAUUCAAUGAUUUUUGAGCUGUAAUUUGAUUCAA